GUGCACACUGCACUGCAUGUACGCCCCACUACCCUAUACUCCAGUGGAAGUGGCAGUGUCGGUGCAGAGUGAUAAUGGAGAUUUUGAAAAAGCGGAAAAUUGAUGAUUGUCAGAGUUAUCCAACAGCAGCAGUGAAAUCAAGUACUAGUCCUAACCAUGGGGUUCAGAUGACCUGCAAUCCUAUACCAGUCCUGCCAAGAGAAGUCACAGCAGUUGACUUUGUGAAGGUUUAUGCCGCGCCAAUUUUGGACCCAAAGACUACCUCAAGAAUAAUCAGAGAUCUUCAAAGGGUUUACCCAUUGACAACAUUGCCACAUGUUAAGCGCGUCCGAAAAACUGCUAAACAACAGGGAGGAAGCAGUCUGGAAGUCAUCCUUUGUCUGGUCACAGAUGUGGAGACCACUAGCUCCCCUGCUUCCUUGUCAGACAUCUUCAGAGCCAAACCAAGCAUCAGCCAAGAUGGCUUGGGACAGCCCUUUGUUGCCAUGGUAUCCAAUAUGGCGCCCGUCACCAGGCAACAGUUUGAGGUGGCAUCCAGAGAGUGGCCAGUGGUCUUCCAUCAGAACAAACAGCUCAAUCAGGUUGUAAGUGGUCAGCUCUUCACAGACGCUGACAAAGAGAGAAUAGCCAGGCACAUGAUGGAGGCCAUGGUAGCAGCAAGGGCUGGAAUCCAUCAAGAAAUGGUGCCCGUAGGUGCAGUCGUCGUCGAUCCUUCGACCGACACAGUACUAGCAUCCUGUUACGACAUUCGUCAUCUCAACAAUAGCCCAUUGAAGCACGCUGUCAUGGUUUGCGUGGACCUGGUGGCGCAUAGUCAUGGGGGAGGGGCGUGGGAGGUCAUAGCAGAGGGGCAUUACUUUAGAAAUCAACAGUUGAACAAGGAGAAUGUACUUGGACCGGAAAUAGAUUCACACACAAGUUCAUCUGCUCCGGGACACAGUACUGAUGAAGAAACCAGGGAUCCAACUGUGUUGUCGGUUGAAGGGUCCCCGGUUCAACCUCAAGAUGGCAGGAAGUCCCAAGAUGCUACAGAAGAGACCAGCAGAUGUGGGAUUAAAACCUCGGACUGUGCAAAUGAGAGUGGCGUGCAAGGGAGUGCUGAUCGGCCCAGGGUAGAUCUUAACAGUGCUAUAUCGUCAGAUAGUGUGGGCGUCAAGGAGAGAAAUGAGACGGGGGCGUCGGCAGGGAGACAAGGAGGCGAUUCUAGCAAACCGCAGGGACCCUAUCUGUGCACUGGGUAUGAUUUGUACAUCACACAGGAGCCAUGCGUCAUGUGCGCUAUGGCGUUGGUUCACAGUCGUAUCAGGCGCGUGUUCUACGGCGCCAGUCACCCUAACGGAGCCUUGGGCAGCAAGUACCUGAUCCAUUGUCAGAGCGGUCUCAACCAUCACUUUGAGGUCUACCGGGGAGUUCUAGAGGUGGAAUGCCGGCAGUUACACAACGGAUACAGCUGACACCAGCAAAUUUAGAGGAUAUUUUUAGUUGGGCGGGGUGUCUAAAAUAAAUUAAAAAUUUGAAUAUAAUGGGUGGGUAUGAGCCUUAUUGAUAUUUUACAGACAGAAUGUAAGAACGUUAUUUAAGUGUUUAGCAUUUAUGGAUAAUACGGGAACUAUUGAAGUAUAAAACACGGGUCCCGGAAGUUGUGUGAAGGGC